AGCUGUGUGCUGCUGGCGGGAAGCACAUAGGCGAAGGACGGAUGUUUUGAAGGGAAUGGAGGAUAACAAGAUUUGCACAGGUCCUCUUAUAAUUGCGCUGCAAUAUAACGACCUAUUUGACUUGGACAAACUCUCAACGUCCACAAACACAGAUGCACUAACCAAAGGCAUAGCAUUCACGUUUAUUAAGGCUGUGCAAACAGUGAAUGAGAGACUUGUGGACCAGAACAAGACUGAAUCUUUGCUAUUUGAAGUGAUUCUCGUUGCAAAGGAGUGUUCAGAAGAAUUCAAAUUGAAGAUAGUUGAGAGUGUAAAGCAUUAUGGUCUAGAAAUAGGCAAAUUUUACUUUUGCAAAAAGGAAGAACUCAUAAAUACUCUUCAAUCAAACAAAGUAAAUCUGUUCGUCUCUACUGACAGGGACGCUGUCUACAAUGCUCUGCAUACUGGAAUUCCAGCUGCUUCGCUGUAUGAUCAGGCUGAUCAUCACAUCCUCGAUAAGCUGAAAGUCAUUUUCUCAGGUGAUGUUAUCGGUUUCUCUGAGGAUACUCUUGAUAGUCUUUCAGAUUUUGGAUUCAAUGAAACCCAAAUAGAGACCUUCAAAGCAGCAAAGAUCUGCAUGAAGGAGUUUGCCGUUCUGAUUGGUCAAAUGAGGAGGAGGUUCGGGCAUGAGAACAGCCCUCUCUGCACCUGUGUCUUAACCGUGAGGGGCUCUCGAAACAUCUGUGCCACUGCCCUAAAAACUCUUCGUGAAUGGGGUCUGGAUGCGGACGAGGCGUUUUGUCUCGCUGGAGCUCCUUGCAGCCCUAUUUUGGCUGUAGUCAAACCUCACAUACUGUUGGACGGUGGCCUUCACAACAUUCCUCCCAUUCCUGAGAGCCAGUAGCACUAGGCUGGACACACAAAUGUGGCUUACUUUUUUUAUUUUAAUCGGGUGCCAAUUCUGUUCUCUUGCUGUUACACUUG